UGACCCGACGGGAAACGCGCAGAACAAGUGAGGCGACCUUUAAGCUAACAAAAAUUUUAGAUGACAUGUUCUCUCCUCCGCCCCCUCCCCUUUUUAGAGGAGGGUCCCUCUCGGAGAAUCGGGGGUGGGGGGGGGUCUUAAUUUCAGCGAAGAAAAUAUUUUUUUUUUUUAAAAUAGAUAUUUUUAAGGGCUGAAAAAGAUAUUGCUAAUUAAACACAUGAUCGAAACCGACAUGCAAUGUCCCUAGUUGGGGUGGAAUCGCUUCAGGGAGUUUAACAAACAGCAACAACAAUUCAUUGCUACCAUAAAGAUAGCGUAUAAUGUCAACGAUUAAAUCUGUUCAAUGUGUUAAUCGAACAAUUUACUUGUGCUCCCUUAUGGCUAUCUAUAUAAAUAUGUAUCUUAAAAUUUAAUGACGUCAAUUCCAACUUUUCCUAUCCUUGAUUUUGGUGUUGGUUUAACACUUCCAGGAAUUCCUUCUACGGUAAAGUUAUGAGAAUCGACGUCAACGGAGGCCAAGAUUUCACCGAGGGGGAUUCCGGUAUAGCCAAGCUCUAUGGCAUUCCCGGGAGCAACCCCUUCGUGAACGACUCCAUCGCCAGGCCGGAGUUGUUCGCUCUUGGGUUCAGGAACAUGUGGGGGUGUAGCCAGGACUCGGCCAGGAGGAGAGGAGGUGAUUUGUUUUCUCUUUCGUUCGCUAGUGGCGUAUGGAUGUUUUCAGAGAGACGCAUAUGUCGGGUGACUUACUACAUUCGUUAGGAUUGAAAAAAACAAAGGGGAAAUAACUCUUUUUAUGUGUGAUGCCCCUUGUGUGAUAAUCAUCAUGCGAUGUUCUCUCUUAAUGGUGUUUUUUAAUUAUUUUUUUUAUCCGGAAUCAUAUUAGAGCUAUAAAGAUCAAUUAUAACAAAUACGCAUACUUUAUAACAUAUAAACAUUCCAAUAACAUUUAAGCAUACUUUAUUACAUAUAAACAUCAAUUACAACAUAUAACCAUCCUUUAUAACAUAUAAGCAUCCUUUAUAACAUAUAGGCAUCCUUUAUAACAUAUAGGCCUCCUUUAUAACAUAUAAGCAUACUUUAUAACAUAUAAGCCUCCUUUGUAACAUAUAAGCAUACUUUAUAACAUAUAAGCAUCCUUUAUAACAACAACAAAGAUUGAAAGGUAAUUCCAUGAACAAGGAUUAUUUUGUAGAGACGUAACAAAUGCCCCCUUUCAGGCUCCGGUCGAAUCUUCUGCGCCGAGACCGGCACCAAUAAGUUUGAUGAGAUCAAUGUCAUACAGAGCGGUAUGAACUACGGCUGGAACAUCAGGCAGGGG